ACUCAACAAUAAUGUCUGCCAACGGCGGUGCACGGGGCCGACCCCACCGCGGCGAACGCCGAACUCAGCCCUGGACGACGGAGCGGGUUUACUACCCCCGCUCGAGGUCCAGGUCUGGUCGCGGGUCCCGGAACCGGGGGGGCGACAAUGGGACGCCCGAGGACUUCAGGCGCGUCCGGUCGGGCAGGGGAGGGCGCUCGAGCUCCCACUCCACGCAACCGCCUCCGGCUGGGCCUAAACCCCUGGAGCAGGCCAAGAAGAAGACGCGGUCGGCUGCUACAUGGACGGUGGUCUCCGGGAGGGAGGCAGUCGGUUACGCGUCCCACGCAAGGUGGAGGGACCAGUACCGCCCCUCCCGCGGGGUCAACCCGUCCGAGGUGAGGCCACCUUUCCGGGGAUUGACCCUGGCGGACCGGGACGACGAGCCGCCGGCCGUCUACACGGCAGAGGAGGAGGCGGCCCUCUGUCCGGUCUGCCACGUCUUGGUGGUGUGCCAGGAGGCCCAUGCCGGGGGCAAGCUCCACACGGAGAGGGACCAACGGAAGAAAGACGCAGCGGCUGCGGCUGCUGCCACCGAGGAGGACAUCGAGGCGGCCCUCAAGCUGCUGCGGAGGGAGCGGCCGGGGCUCCUGACUCCGGCCCCAGAUUUGGUCCCCCCUGCCGCGCCGAUCCCGCGGGCCCUGGAGCUUCCGCCGCUGAGGCAGUCCGAGCCGGUCCGGCCUGCCGAGUUCAUCGGCCCCACCCCGACGGACUCAUCUGCCACCGGGCCCGGAGGGCCUAUCACUCGGACCCCGCCGUCGCCGUCCUUGAUGGACGUUGACCUGGACUCUUUCUUGGCGGCGUCGGGGUCUGAGGAUUGA